AUGGCUAAGAAGAUACUGGUGUUGCACGGGCUGGCACAGUCUGGGGAUUAUUUCAAGUCUAAGACGAAAGGUCUUCGGAACGAGCUGGAGAAACAGGGAUACGAGUUGUUGUACGCUACUGCUCCCAAUAAGUACCAGCCAGCGGACAUUCCGGACAGCUUGGGUGAUGUAUUGACCAGUGAGGCAGCAGAGAGCCAUGUUCUAGCGUGGAUCGAAGACGAUUUGCAGCACGAUACUUAUAGACUACCGGAGACAACUAUCGACUAUCUGCACGAUUUUGUGCUUGAGUAUGGUCCUUUCGACGGCGUGCUGGGAUUCAGCCAAGGGGCUGGAGUCGCUGGAUAUCUUAUGACGGACUUCAACGGGCUUCUCAGGCUGACAGCCGAACAGCAGCCACCGCUGCGUUUCUUUAUGACAUUCAGUGGAUUCAGGUUCAAACCGGAGCAAUACCAGGCGCAGUACGAUCGGAAUCCAAUAUCCGUUCCCUCAUUGCAUGUCCAGGGAGAGCUGGACACCAUCACCGAUCCCUUCAAGGUGGAACAACUGUACAACUCGUGCACUCCAGAGAGCAGGACUUUCCUGAAGCAUUCUGGUGGUCAUUACGUCCCAAACUCGAGGGGAUUCGCCAAGAAGGUUAUAGAAUGGCUGCAGAAGGUCGAUAAAUAG